AUCCCAAUCCCCAGAAAAGACCUCUCAGCCGAGAUCGUACGUAAAACACACCACGAAAGCAAAUCCAACGGCCACAGUAGCCCCAAGAAAACGUCGCCGACCAUGUUAAGACUGGUCGACGCACGUAGUCAAAGACUUCAUACUCGAGCUGAACAAUAAGUGUGUUAAAGGCAGGGGCAGCAGAUCAGAGCACAAAGCGGCGUCGUAUCGUAAUGGCGCAGAGUAGCAGCAACCAGGUGAUUGAUCAAAGGAGCGGUUUCUGCAAAUCCAACUCCAUCUUCUACAGCAAGCGCAACCCCACGGCGCACCCACCGAACAAUUCACUGGACGUGACCACGUUCAUCUCGUCCCGGGCCCACCAUGGCAAGAUCGCCUUCAUCGACGCCUCCACCGGCGCCCAGCUCACCUUUGCCGAACUCUGGAGAGCCGUCGAUUCUGUCGCCACGUGGCUCUCCAACAUGGGCGUCCGGAAAGGCCACGUCAUCCUCCUCCUCUCCCCCAACUCCAUCUUCUUCCCCGUGGUGUGCCUCGCCGUCAUGUCCCUCGGUGCCGUAAUAACCACCACUAAUCCCCUCAAUACCCCCCGAGAAAUCGCCAAGCAAAUUGCCGAUUCGAAACCGGUCCUCGCUUUCACGACUCGCCAACUCGUCCCCAAACUCGCCGGGUCGAACCUCCGGAUCGUCCUCCUGGAUGAGCAGUCAAUCCCAGCCGUUCAAAACGCGAGAAUCGUGGCCACGUUGGAGGAAUUGCUGAAGAAGCAGCCGAGUGGGGCCCGAGUUAGAGACCAAGUCGACCAGGACGACACGGCGACUCUGCUCUACUCGUCAGGCACCACCGGCGCGAGCAAAGGCGUCGUAGGUUCGCACAGGAACCUCAUAGCGAUGGUUCAGAUCGUGCUGAAUCGGUUCAAAUUGGAAGAUGGAGAGUACAGGUUCAUCUGCACAGUCCCUAUGUUCCACAUCUACGGCCUAGCAGUGUUCGCGCUGGCCCUGCUCGCUUCGGGGACGACGGUGGUGAUUCUCUCCAAGUACGAGAUGCACGAUAUGCUCUCGGCGAUCGAGAAGUACCGGGUCACGUACCUCCCGCUCGUGCCGCCGAUACUGGUGGCGCUCGUGAACGGCGCGGAUCGGAUACGUGCCAAGUACGACCUGAGCUCGCUGCAGGCGGUUUUAUCGGGUGGGGCUCCGCUGGGGAAGGAGAUGAUCGAAGGCUUCGUGGAGAAGUAUCCGACGGUGACGAUUCUUCAGGGGUACGGGUUGACGGAAUCGACGGGGGUCGGGGCGUCCACUGACUCGCUGGAAGAGAGUAGAAGGUACGGUACGGCGGGGUUGUUGUCGCCGGGCAUGAAUGCGAAGAUUGUGGAUCCGGAGAACGGCGAGGCUCUGCCGGUGAACCGAACCGGUGAGCUUUGGCUUACCGGUCCCUCCAUCAUGAAAGGCUAUUUCAGUAAUCCAGAGGCGACAGCAUCAACUCUUGACUCAGAGGGAUGGUUGAAAACUGGAGAUCUAUGCUACAUUGAUGAUGAUGGCUUCAUUUUUGUGGUUGAUAGGUUGAAGGAGCUGAUUAAAUACAAGGGAUAUCAGGUCCCUCCAGCAGAGCUAGAGGCCUUGUUGCUCACUCAUCCAGAGAUCUCUGAUGCUGCUGUUAUACCGUAA